AUGUUCAACAACCCCAUAAUCCCUGGCUUCAAUCCAGAUCCUUCGAUAUGUCGAGUGAAUGAUGACUAUUAUCUGGUGACUUCCACGUUCGAAUAUUACCCAGGUAUUCCCGUCUACCACAGCAAAGACCUUCUACAAUGGAAUCUCAUCGGUCAUGUCAUCACGAGACAUUCACAAAUUAACAUGCGAACCACCGAGCCCUCUGGGGGACUGUGGGCGCCAACCAUUCGUCAUCACAAAGGGCGCUUCUAUGUCUCUCUCGGUUGCACUCAUAGAUUCCGUCCGAAGGAAUGGGAUAUUGUUAUUCCCCGAGGAUUCUUUGUCUCUACAACUGACAUCUGGGACUCGUCUUCUUGGUCUGAUCCGAUCUUCUUCGACGUUCCCGGAAUUGAUCAAGAUCUCUUUUUUGACGAUGACGGCAAAGUGUACUUCUCUGCGGUAAACAUGAUUAUCGAUCCCAGGAUCAAAAAGCAUGGUCUUGGGCUGGCAACUUUUACCAGCGAGAUAGACAUAACCUCUGGCCGAUGUCUAGGGCCUGUCAAAUGGAACCGAUUGUCGGAUUUCGGGAUUGGAAUUGCAGAGGGACCUCACAUUUUCAGAAAAGACGGUUACUACUAUCUAAGUACUGCCGAGGGUGGUACCGAUGAAGGUCAUCAGCAGUGGAUCAGCCGCAGCACUACUGGACCAUUCGGUCCGUGGGAACUAGGUCCCAAAGGAACAGUCAACCCUGUCAUCUUCAACGGCGACGAUCCUUCAAUUCGCAACACUGGACAUCUGGACUUUAUCGAAAUCCAGAGCGGAAAGUGGUUUGCAGUGUUCUUAGGAGUCCGACCUCAGGGCAAAGACUCCGAAUUUAUCUCCCAGCUUGGUCGCGAAACAUUCAUGAGUCCCGUUGAAUGGGUCGAUGGGUGGCCAGUUGUCAACAACCGACAACCCAUCAGCCUUCAAAUGCAGGCAGAGGAUAUGCAGCUUUUGACACAACCGCAGACUUGGCGAGAUGACUUUGAGGCUUCCACGCUCCAAUUGGGCUGGUAUCAUCUCCGAACGCCACUGAAGAACGAUUAUUCUCUAUCCGAAUCUCCGGGUCUCAUGACACUCUAUGGAAAUGCGUACCGCAUUGAUAGCUCCGAGUGUCCUUCCAUGCUUUUGCAAAAGCAAACCAGCUUCUCCGGCGAGUGGAAAACCAGAUUAAGUUUUCUGCCAACAGAGGCAGGUCACGAAGCAGGGACGGCGAUUUGGUGGUCCCAAUUCGCUUAUGCUUCGAUUGGAAUAAGGAAGUCAUUUGAUGAGACCAAGACAGGUCUCGAGAUUGUGGCACGUUGUUACGAUGAGAAGGAAGAUCAAUUCAAGGAAACCAUGCACCAGCUCACAUUCGAGGACCACACCAUUGAACUUAUUAUCCGCGCGCGCUCGACAGAAUACGACCUCUGUUUCUCGGUUCUAGAUGAAAAACAAUGUGCCUCCGAACCCGUCAUGCUGGGUCGGAUAUCCAGCACAGCAUUGACGCAUCGUCGAUCUGGGAAGGAGUCCCCCAAUACUGGUGCUCAUUUCGCAAUCUACGCACAGGGCGCGUAUGAUAAACCAUGUUUUGAUCCUGCGCGCUUCAACUUUGUUGAGUGGAAUGCUCAGGUUUGA